AUGGCCCGUCAGCCUUCGCAUCGUCACCACUACGACUCGGACGAGGAUCCUGCUCUCAAACCACCCAAGGUCAGUGCCCAUUGUCAUGCGUUCCGUGUUCGUUGGUCUCCUUCUCGGCGCCCGAAGUGGUCUCGCGUUUCUCGCGGCUGGCGACAUCGCUCAACAAUUCCACCACUGGCCCGAGUCUGACGUUGCGAGGCGCCAUCUUCCCUUCUCACAGGAGAAUCGACAGCCGCUGAUGAAUGCCAACGGUAACUUUCGGGCACAUUUAUAGCAAGGCCCGUACCAUCCAGCUCACACCCUGUACCGUGCUGCUCCCUUGGCAGCCAAAUCGAACGCGAUGGGCGAACAACGCGCGUCCAACACGACGACGGCGACCAAACGCAAGCCCCAACAGGCGACCGCGCAACAGAGAGGAGCGAACAAGAACAACAACGCGAAUAGGAAAGGUCGCUCGCAGUCCGAGUCCGAAGUAGCAGAGGACGAGGAGGACGACCAGGUCGUGCUUGAGACUCAGGCGCAGGAUGACGAUGAGGACGAGAUGGAUGUCGAUGUGGAUCCUAGAAAGAAAUCGGCUGCUCAGAAAGGGGGCAAAAAGGUAACGACGGGCAAAAGAGGCAAGGCCGCUGUGAUCGAACAAGUCGAGGACAACGACGAGGACGACGACGAGCCGAGGUUGUCCGCGAGGGAGAAGAGGAUGUUGGCCAAGUUGGAAUUGGUAAGGAUUCACCGUGCUGCUCCAGAAGGCAAGAACAUUACUGAAAAUGAUGUUGUACCCUGCAGACCCAGAAGAACCUCAAGCAGACCCAGGAGGCGUUCGCACAAUUGUCGGAACUGCGCACGACCAAAGCCGAGGAAUCUGAGGCGGCCUUGACCCAGCUCGCCUCGGAGCGACAAUCAGGUCCGUCCAAACACCUUCCGGCAAACGUCACUUCAUUGAACUGACACGGUGCCGUUCCCCCAAUAUCAGCCGCCAUGUCCAUGAUCGACAACUACAAGCACGAGAACGACUCCCUGCGUAAUGAACUCGCCUCCCUGCGCGCCCGCCGAGCAGCAGGGAUCAACGUCAGCGACGGCGAACGCGUCGAGGAGCUCUUGCACGUCAUCGAAGGCCACGCCGAGGAGAAGCAGGCCCUCCAAGCCCGGAUCAGCGAGUUGGAGGAGUACAGCGCGGCGGCGCAGCUGGAGGAGAGGAGGAAAUUGCAAGAACGUGACCACAAGUGGCAGAAGGAGAUGGACCGGAUCGUCAAAGCCAAGGACGACGAGGCGCAUCGGUUGAACGGUCAGCUCAAGAUGGAACGUGAGUACCUCAAGCACGCAUGGAGGAUCCCGACUAUUUGCGGAGCUGACCUCCUAUUGGAUCUCACGGCCUGCAGUCAAGCAAGCCCGACAGGAACUCGAAGCCGAAGUCGAGCAUUCCAAGACGUUGCAAGCCCGAGCCAAGAACGUCGCCGCCUCCGCCGCAACUACGGCCUCUUCCUCCUCUGCCGCGGAACUCAGUCGAACGGCGGACGAGCUGGCGACGAUCAAGAGGCAAGUCGCGCUUUCCGAGGACUUGACGGGCUUCAGCGUCGUUUCGGUCAAGCAGGAGGAUGGGUAUAGCGUCUAUUCGGCGAUCCUGAACGAUUACCUCACUCAAACCGGAGGUGAGUCGAUACGAACUCGGCACGUCUGCGAGAAGAACUCGGAACUGACCCGUGAAACUUGCCACAGGUCUGACGUUCAAGUUGGCGUUCUACGAUGACGGCACGUGCGGUUACAACCCGGACGUGGAGCCUGAACGCGACGCCGUGCUCGCCGAUCUUUUGCCCGCGGAGAUGCAGAGGUACAUGAGGUUCGACGCCGAUCUAUGCUCCGAGUGGUUCAGGAGGUUAUGGUUCGCGGUCAACAAGCUCAAGGCUUGA